AUGUCCGUAUCAGUUAUGAAGUCCUAUUUAAUGAUCAUUGCCAUCCUUCUUAUCUUGGUUCAAAAAACUCCAGGUGGCCUGUUCAGAUCCCAUCAUGACAGGAACCAAGAGCUUUGGGAUCCAUGUGAGCUUUAUCAAGGGAUGUGCAGAAACAGCUGCAGAAAAGACGAAGUUCAGCACUUAACCUGCCUAAAUAACCAAAAGUGCUGCCUGAAAUUAUCUAUAAGAAUAAAUCCUAGUUCUAACACUUUAAAGAAGGAAUAUGGCUCCUAUUCCAACUUGUCAGUUAAAAACACUUCCAGUUACUCUGAAGUUUGA